AUGUCUGGGGAGAUUUCAAAAUAUUUGGAGAAGCUUGCUCUACGAUCUUUAAAUCUAUCUUUCAAUAAUUUCGAGGGCGAAUUACCAAAACAAGGGGUUUUUGUAAAUGCUAGUGAAAUUUCUGUGCUCGGAAAUAGGAAGCUUUGUGGAGGUAUUCAAGAAUUACAAUUGCCUCCAUGCUCUAGCAAAGCUUCCAAGAAACGGAGGAACUCUCCUGCUUCAAAAGUCAAAUUCUCAGUAAUUGGCGUUGUUCUGGUUCUCAUUUCAUUAUCAUGUUUCUUUACCGCUCUUUAUUGGGUAAGAAAGUGCAGAAGAAAAGCUUUCACUGCACCUUCUACAAAGGAUCCUUCUAUGAACGUGCCUUAUGCGAAGCUCUUUAAAGCAACAGAUGGGUUCUCUUCUGACAAUUUGUUCAGCACUGGAAGUUUUGGUGUUGUAUAUAAAGGGAUUCAGGAUUGUGAUGCAACAAUGUUAGCAGUAAAAGUCUUCAAUCUUCAACGACAAGGAGCUCUGCAGAGCUUCAUGGCCGAAUGUGAUGCCUUGAGAAACAUUAGGCAUCGGAAUCUUGUUAAGAUCUUGACUUGUUGCUCAAGCAUUGCUUUCAAGGGCAAUGAUUUUAAAGCUCUAAUUUAUGAGCACAUGCCCAAUGGAAGUCUAGACGAGUGGUUGCACAGUGAUGAUGAUGACCAGCUGAGAAAGAACUUGAAGUUUACUCAAACGCUAAACAUAGCUGUAGAUAUUGUUGGAAUUACAAACCAAAGUCUAGCAAUUAACUGUGACUGUUCAUCUUCCAAAGCACAACAACACUUCCCAUGA